AUGACAGUAUCUGAAGGGCAGCUACGAGACUCGGCUUCAUCCGAAUCUGGCAGAGAUACUGGCACGCUUUCCUGGGAUGGCAACCAUGAUCCUGGAAAUCCCUUCAACUGGCCAACUACGCGGAAAUGGAUCCUGACAUAUCUCGCCGUCUUGACCAGCUUUCUAACCAUGAUGAACGGGACUAUUAUCACUGUGGCACACGUUGAGAUCGCGGAACUAUUCAACAUCAACGAAACGGCCUUUUCACAUACCUACUGGCCUGUUACAACAUGGGCUGCUGGCGGCGCAUGCUCUGCUCUGUUUCUCCUACCUCUAGCAGAGGACUUUGGGACCCGGCCUGUCUUUCUCAUCACGUACUUUAUAUUUCUCUGCUUCCUCAUCCCCCAGGCUGUCGCACAGAACUUUGCCACGUUGGUCGUCACUCGCUUUUUUUCCGGUGCCUGUGUCGCUAUCCUGGCUAAUACGGCUGCUGGGGUUAUUGGGAACGUAUGGGAUACCGAAUGGGCGAGGUCAAUCCCCGUCAGCCUGUAUAUCGUCGGUUACAUGGCCGGCAGUAGUAUGGGCCCAGUGAUUGGAGCGGCCAUCUUCCAGUCCUUGUCCUGGCGGUGGAUAGGCUACAUGCAGCUCAUCUGGUUCGGAGCACUGUUCCCAGUCUACUAUUUCUUUCUCUACGAGUGCCGGGGUGACAUCAUCCUCGCUCAACGAGCUCGAAAGAUGCGCAAAGCCGGCAAGGAAGUUCACGCCGAACAAACCGAGCAUUCAAAAUUAAGUCUGCAGGGCCUCGUCGUCAGCUCAACAAGACCGGUCAUCUUGUUCUGCAGCGAACCCGUCCUUUUUGUAUCAACACUCUGGUCCGCCUUUACAAUAGGAACCCUCUUCCUCUUCACCCAAUCCGUCGAGCAAGUCUUCAUGGGCAUUUACGACUGGUCCGUCUCCCAAACCGGCUAUGUCCAGGCCGCCAUCGUUAUCGGCGAAUGCAUCGGCUUUCUAGGUUCUUUCCUCUCCCGCAAACUCUACUUUGCAUCCGCCUCGCGCAACACCGAGAUUCCCAACACCCCCAUUCCAGAAGCGAGACUCUACAUGGCCGUCCUGGGCGGCAUCUUCGGCAUCUCUGGCGGAAUGUUCACUUACGCCUGGACAUCUUAUACCUUCAUCCCCUGGAUCGCACCUGCAAUUAGCCUGGCCAUGGUCGGUGCGGGAAGCGUACUCGUUGUAACGGGUGUAUCGGACUACGUUGUUGACGCAUAUAGCCAAUACGCCGGAAGUGCGAUUGGGGCCGUGGCCACGGGCGAGAAUAUCUUCUCUGCGUUUUUGCCGCUGGCCACACAGAGUAUGUACACUAACUUGGGAUUCCAGUGGGCGAGUACACUUCUGGCGUUUGUUUCGUUGGUGCUGGCUGUUGUGCCGUCGUUGAUGUUCGUUUGGGGCAAAGAGGUGCGUGCUAGGAGUCGGUUUAUGAAUGGGCUGGUUGAAGAGAAGGAGAAGCAGGAGGGGUUUAGAGUGUAG